GAUCAACACCUUUUUCAGUGUAGUGUCCACAGUUUUAUUCAUGCUGAUCAAUCAGCAUUUUAAGCUCUUAAGUUCUCUAAGAGCACGCGCGAACAAAAGUCAACUCAAAGUUUUUAGGAUCUUAUCAAAUACUAUAACUACCAGCGAAAUAAGUAAUAUGUCUUCAGUCUGCAAGGAACUUCCGAAAGUGCUGUAGAAAUGCGCUCCCUACUCGUUUUUUGGCUAUUUCUACUGACGGCGUUUAUUGGCCAGACUUGGGGACACUCCUACCUGAUAGUGAGCCACACUGCUUCCAAGUCCCAUCACACCGUUUGCUUUGCUCUGGCCAAAGGUCUGAUUGACGCCGGCCAUGAAGUCACUUUGAUAUCGCCAUUUCCGCAGAAUAAAGCUAUCAAUAAUUUUACCGAUGUAGACACGCCGAAUAUUUUCACCGUAAUGGCAGUUCACAAGUCUAGAAUUCUGGAAAAUGCCAAGAAAUCGGUUGUGGCACGCUAUCCAAUACUAAGUAAUAUGGGAUUGGAUUUGACAGAAGGCCUUUUUAAGGAUCCGGCGGUUCAGGAGCUCCUGGCUCAAAACCGAACCUUCGAUGGAGUCAUCUGUGAGACCUUCAUGAACGACGCCCACUACGGAUUUGCCGAGCACUUUGGAGCUCCAUUGAUCACACUCAGCACUUUGGGAGCCACAGGUUGGACCUCCGAUUUGGUGGGCAGUCCAUCACCACCUUCGUAAGUGCCGCAUAAUUUACUCCAAUUCGGUGACCGCAUGAACUUCUGGGAGAGAGCCCAAAAUAUGGGUUUCCAGAUUUACGAAUUCGUCUAUCAGAACUUGAUCAAUCUGCCCAGACACGAGGUGCUCUAUAAGAAGUAUUUCCCAAACAACAAACUGGACUUUUAUGAGAUGCGAAAGAGUACUUCAUUGGUUUUGCUGAACACUCAUGUUUCGCUUAGCAAUCCGAGGCCCUAUUCGCCAAACAUGAUUGAAGUGGGUGGAAUGCACGUGAAUCGCAAAGAAUCGAGUCCGCUCCCCAAGGAUAUCCGCGAAUUCAUUGAAGGAGCCGAACACGGAGUGAUCUAUUUCUCACUGGGUUCCAAUCUAAACAGCAAGGAUUUGCCAAAAGAAAAGCGGAAAGCGAUUGUGGAGACCUUAAGGGGUCUCAAGUUCCGAGUUCUAUGGAAAUACGAAGAGGAAAACUUUCCCGACAAGCCGGCAAAUGUGUUCGUAUCCAAGUGGUUUCCGCAGGACGAUAUCCUGGCCCACGAAAAAGUGAUUGCCUUCAUCACCCACGGAGGACUUUUGAGUACAAUGGAAUCGAUUUAUCAUGGCAAACCCGUCGUAGGAAUUCCCUUUUUCGGGGAUCAAUUUAUGAAUAUGGCAAGAGCAGAGCAACUGGGUUAUGGAAUCACAGUAAAGUACGCCACACUUACGGCUCCCUUAUUCCGAUCUGCCAUCGAUAGGAUCACUACAGAUCCCAGAUAUCUUGAGAAGGUCAGGGUCAUGUCCAAUCAGUUCCGGGAUCAAAAGGAAACGCCUCUGGAACGAGCUGUUUAUUGGGUGGAGCAUGUGACUCGGCAAAAGGGAGCGAAAUACCUAAGGAGUGCCUGUCAGGAUCUAAACUUCAUUCAGUACCAUAAUCUGGAUGUGUUGGCCGCAUUCUUUGCGUCACUUGGACUUAUUCUUCUUUUAAUACUACUUGCCGUUUGGUUUGUCGUUGUUAAAGUAAAAGGCAGCACAAAGCCCAAAAGUUCAAAGAAGAAAACUAAUUAG